UCUUCCCCGGCUGCGUGCUGCUUUCCUCCGCGGGUCCUCCCUUCUGCUUCCCCCGCCGCCGCUGCUGCUGCUGCAAGAGGCCGGUUCUUGAAGAAAUCUACUUUAUUUUCUUCGUCUUAGUGAACUCGGACAUCAGCGGGACUUUGCCAAAACAUGCCUCUUUGGUUGUCCUAACUUCAGCCGUGCAGCCCGCGCCGCCGACCCCCAUCAGGUCCACUCCUCCUCGGUGAAACUGAAGACGCACCUGCACAAACUCGCCCCAUAUGACCGUCACAAAGAUGACAUGGCGUCCCCAGUACCGCAGCUCAAAGUUCCGUCACGUGUUCGGUAAAGCGGCCGCCAAAGAGGGCUGCUUCGAUGGUGUACCGAUCACACGCAGCGUCCAGGACAACAACUUCUGCGCCGUCAACCCGCGCUUCCUCGCCGUCAUCACAGAGUGCGCAGGGGGCGGGGCCUUCCUCGUCCUCUCCGUCCACCAUACGGGGAAAGUUGACCCUCACCACCCGAGAGUGUCCGGACACAAAGGAAACGUGUUGGACAUAAAGUGGAACCCGUUUAAUGACUUCUGCAUCGCGUCAUGUUCAGAAGACACCACGGUAAAAGUUUGGGAAAUCCCUUCUCACGGUGUGUUCAAGCACAUCACGACGCCGUGGAAGGAGCUGCAGGGUCACAGUCGGAGAGUGGGGCUGAUCGAGUGGCAUCCCACAGCGAACAACAUCCUCUUCAGCACAGCGUAUGACUAUCAGAUCAUGAUCUGGAACCUGGACAGUCCGGAGCAGGUGAUUAAAAACCCCGUGAGGACCAUCUCCCACCAUCCCGACGUGGUUCUGUCCAUGUCGUUCAACGCUGACGGGACGCUCCUCGCCACGGCGUGUAAAGACAGGAAGGUCCGACUGAUGGAGGCGCGCUCAGGGAAUCUGCUGCAGGAGGGGAACGCGAAAGUGAGCAAAGCCAGCAAAGCCCUGAUUCUGGGGAACAUGAAGAUGGUGGUGACGACGGGGACCUCCAGGUGGAACGACCGGCAGAUUGCAUUAUGGGACAUGGAUGAUUUAUCUGUGCCUUUACUACAAGAAAACCUGGACAGUUCGUCAGGGGUCCUGUUUCCGUUCUACGAUCCAGACACACACAUGCUUUACCUGGCUGGGAAGGGUGAUGGCAAUAUCCGGUACUAUGAGAUCAGCUCUGAAAAGCCAUAUCUUCAUUACCUCACUGAGUAUCGCUCUCCUAUACCUCAGAAAGGAAUGGGUGUGAUGCCCAAGAGGGGGCUGGACGUGAGCUCCUGCGAGGUCUUCAGGUUCUACAGAUUAGUGACAAUCAAAAGUCUCAUCGAGCCUCUGUCCAUGAUCGUACCUCGGAGGUCGGAGUCCUACCAGGAAGAUAUUUAUCCAAUGACCGCGAGUAACAAACCUGCAGUCACGUCAGAAGAGUGGCUCAGCGGAGUAGAUAAAGGCCCGGUGCUGAUGUCCCUGAAGCCUGGGAGUCAAGUGGAGGAGGAGUCAUUCCCAGAUCUGAGCAAAGCCUUGGGGAAUUCACUGGAUCCAGCUCGGACUUCCAACCGGCCGGGAAUGCUGCAGCUCUCCUAUAACAUACAGGACCAACUGGCGACCAAAGAACGCAACGAGGACAGAGCGCUAUCACAGGGGGACGGCGAACGGUUGGCGCUUAGUAACGGGGAAGAUCUGGCGUUUUGUUCUCCGCCAAAGACAGAGAAUGAGUUGCGGUUGAAGUUCCACAAACAGCAGGAUGAGAUCCGCAGACUCCGAGAGCUUCUGAACCAGAGAGACGUGCGCAUCAAGCAACUCGAACUGGAAAUCAAGAACGCCAAAAACACACAGCCGCCGUGUUCACUAUAAGACUGUUCUCCCACCGAAACCCUCACUACACAGGACACAAAACUACAUACUCUGCUCUCAAUACAUUCCCAAUACACAGGGAGGAUUUCAAGCCAGUAGAAACGUGUACUUUUAUCUCUCUGACCCCAGAUGCACAUUUAAGUUGUACACACUUUAGUCUUAUCCAAAAAUGUUAAACUCUGCACCUCUUUUUAUCGUGUACGGCUUCACAGCUAUGCAAGUUUAAUAGGCUCUGUACACAGUAGCGCGCAACGUCAUUUUGGUCUUAAAAUUUUCAUAUUAACCCGCUCUACAUGAUACUGGUGUUUUUAUUUAGCUAUUUUUGCUCCUGUAACUGCCGAAUUAGCAUGAAUGCUAAUGCUCCACUUCUUUAUACGGUCUAUGAUCUCAAAGCUAAUGUUUACUUUUAUUAAAAUUGUAAAACAUAACAUAAAAAAGAACUUACUAAAAUUCAAAUACUUCCCACUUAUUUUUUUAUAUGUAGAAUACUUCCAUUUGCGACGUAGUUUUAACAGUUAUUAGGCCUCGAUGCUAGCAUUAGCAUUAGCAUUGAGACACAAACAUCGCUUUUUAAACAUAGCUGAAGUAUUCAUUUUAAUUUUGUACGUUUUUUUUAACAUGUUUUCAGUGACAUUCAUCCGCAGCUCCCUGUUCACUGCCUUAACUUUAAAUAUUUAUUCAAUUUAGCGUGAAUUAGCAAAGCCACAUAGAGAUAAAAUUGGACAGGAAGUAGUGAUGCUAACAGUCAGGUUGCUAGGCGCUAUUGUGUACAGAGCCUAUUGUCAGUUUUUUUUUCCACCUUUUUAUGCUCUUUGUAGCAAGAAAAAAAAGACGUCUGUGCCACUUCUUUGACUGACGGUUGUUACUCUUGUUUGAAAGCUAAAGGUGCACUGCGAAACUUUUCUGGCAGAGGGUCCGCUACAUACUCGUCUCCAUGGAGAUGUUAUUGCUUUGGCUGGAAUGUUCCAUGGUAUGAAAUUAACCAUACAUCUAGCAUUUAUUCAUUCCAGGUGUUUCUAUUGCUCAAAAAUACAAUAAUUCCUUCUGGGAAUUAGGGGCGACUCUCCAGAGAUCUGAACUGUAAUGUAGCGUAGUGCUGUAACCUCGGAUUAAUACAUUUAAUCUGAACUGUGGAACAUUCAGGGCUCCCACGGUCAUGGAAGUCCUGGAAAAAUCAUGGAAAUUUAAAAUGUAAUUUCCCAGGCCUGGAAAAGCCAUGCAAUUUUAGUAUCUCUUUCACGCAACUACAGCGUUCUUUUAAUUUCUCAUUAGGCUGUUAUGAUUAUUUCUGAAUAUAUGCCCCUUUUUUUUAAAGGAACAGUUCGGAAUUUUGGACAUAGGGCCUCAUUUCCUGGUGAUCCAGAGUGUUGGAGACGUGUGGAGACACUUUUUAAAAUA